AUGAAGGCCCCUUACCAGUGGGCCUUGUUUGCCACCAGCACUUUGAAGAAUCUAGAAACCGCUUCUCCCACAGUCACCAUCUCUUCCCCUUCAGCUACCAUCAUCGGAGAACUUGACAAUAAAGACGUUAAAAAUGUCGAAGUGUUCAAGGGCAUUCCAUUUGCAGAACCUCCUGUUCCUUCCAAUGCUUUGCGUCUCAAGCCACCUCAACCGAUCACUACGAGUCUAGGCACAGUUCAAGCCACUGGAUAUCCUGCAGCAUGUCCUCAGAUGGAUGUGCGCGAAACAAAAUGCAUGCCUUUACCACCUAACAUCGCAGCACUUAUGGGGCCGACGGGCCCAAAUCCAGAAGUGAUUGAUGAGGACUGCCUGACGUUGAACAUCUGGCGACCCAAGGAUUCCACCCCAGACAAAAAAUACCCCGUUCUCUUCUGGAUCUAUGGAGGGUCGUUUGAAGUCGGAAGCAAUAUGGAUCUUCCGGGUGGUCCAAUUGUUGAGGCCUCCAUCAAUCAGGACCUGCCUAUCAUCUUUGUCAGCGCCAAUUACCGUCUUGGUGGAUUCGGAUUUCUACCCGGACAACGCGUCAGAGACGAUGAAUCUGCCAACUUGGGUCUGCAGGAUCAGCGGCUGGCGCUGCAAUGGGUAGCCGAUAACAUUCAUAACUUUGGUGGAGACCCUAGCAAGGUCACCAUAUGGGGACAGUCCGCCGGUAGUCAUUCUGUCUUUCAUCAGAUGGCGUUAUACAAUGGUGAUCACACGUACCAUGGGUCUCCUUUAUUCCAAGGCGGCAUUAUGAAUUCCGGCAACACAUGGCCGGUCGAUGAUGUGAAUGGAACAAGAGGAGAACAAGUAUACAAACACGUUGUGGAAAACUCUCCCUGCUCCCCGGGAAAUGACAGCUUGGCCUGUCUGCGCGACUUGAAGUAUCCGGAUUUCCUCCGCGCUGUCAAUUCCGUGCCCAGCAGAUCCGGCCACUUCAGCCUCUCUCUAUCCUAUCUGCCCCGACCAGAUGGUAAAGUCGUGACUGCCUCCCCCGAGGAAGCCGUAUUGAAUGGAACCUACGCCAAGGUGCCUUUCAUUGUCGGAGACCCCGAAGACGACGGCUCAGCUGUUGUCAUGAAUAUGACGAAUAUCACCACGACUGACCAUGUCACCGAUUAUCUCUGGGGAUAUUAUUAUCGGAAUGCAGAGCGAUCGCAGAUCAAAGAACUAGUUUCCAUCUACGCCGAUGACUAUGAAUAUGGUGCACCAUUCCACACCCCACCCUCGAACUCACUCUACCCUCAAUCCAAACGUCUGGCAGCCAUCCUGGGGGACUUUACUGUUCUGCUUACUCGACGGUUCAUUCUCGCCGACGCGGUGCCUGACCGACGGAACGUUCCAUCAUGGUCGUUCAUCUUUUCCGCCUUCAAGGGAAUCCCGUACCUGGGCUCCUUUCACGGCAGCGAACUGUACAUGCGAGAAAUCUGGAAGAUGCUCCAAAGAGACUUUCCCGAUUUGUUUCCGGGGGAUAUCGAACCGGCUAUUGCUUCCAUGUGGUCAUACUAUUUCUCUUUCAUCUAUUACCAGGAUCCAAACAAAGCCAACCAGACCCUGAAGUGGCCACAGUGGACGGAUAACCAGCAGAUCAUGAACUUUACUCGGAAUGGCAACGAGAUUAAGCCGGAUACCUUUCGAUACAAAGCGACAGAGUUUCUGGUCAACAACGUUGAGUCUCUCCGGAUUUGA